GGGGGAGUCUUAAGUCAUUCCUUCUUGCUUUGGCCCCUUUUCCCCCUCCAGUCUCAACCGUGUACCUCCUCCCCACCCCCGCACAAGAAAUAGAGGUUACGCCAUCUUGGUUCCCCCCUCCCACGACCUCAGUCGCCCCCUCUCCUUUACCACACUCCCCUCCCCCCUACUCCCCGGAAGAGUGUCCUGGGCAGCCGCGGCGGGAACCACACCAGCUUCGGCCGUCCCCACCUCCGCGGCGCGGGACUCGCAGCCGUCCGUCAGUCCGUCCGCCCCACCAAGGGUUCAUUAAAGCAGAGGCUACAUUGGUCACCCAAAACAGAGUGGCAAAUCAAAUGCAAUCAUAUAUUCAGGAUGAAUAAUACUGCAGCUAGCCCGAUGUCAACUGUUGCUACCUCAAGUAGUGGAAGAGCCACAGGGAAAUCUACAAGUUUUACUCUUGAGCUGCAGAGUAUGAUGUUUUCUUUGGGAGACGCUAGAAGGCCACUUCAUGAAACAGCAGUCUUGGUGGAAGAUAUUGUUCAUACUCAGUUGAUUAAUUUGUUGCAGCAAGCAGCUGAAGUUUCACAGCUCCGUGGAGCCAGAGUGAUUUCUGCUGAAGAUCUUCUUUUUUUGAUGCGCAAAGACAAGAAAAAGCUUAAAAGACUGCUGAAAUAUAUGUUUUUCCGAGACUACAAAUCAAAAAUUGUCAAAGGUAUAGAGGAAGAUGAUCUUCUGGAAGACAAAUUUAGCAACAGUAGCAAUGUCAACAAAAGGCAGAAAAUAGCCCAAGAUUUCCUUCACUCUAUUGAUCAGACAGGAGAACUUUUGGCUAUGUUUGAAGAUGAUGAGAUUGAUGAUGUUAAACAAGAGAGAAUGGAGAGGGCUGAAAGACAGACUCGAAUGAUGGAUACAGCUCAAUAUGCAGAAUUUUGUGAAAGUCGCCAAUUAAGCUUUUCAGCCAAAAAAGCUUCCAAGUUCCGAGACUGGUUGGAUUGUAGCAGUAUGGAGAUCAAACCAAAUGUUAUUGCCAUGGAGAUUUUGGCCUAUUUAGCAUAUGAGACUGUGGCCCAGUUGGUGGAUCUGGCUCUUCUGGUUAGGCAAGAUAUGGCACCCAAAGCAGGGGACCCCUUCAGCCAUGCCAUUUCUGCUACUUUCAUACAGUAUCAUGCUUCUAGUGAGCCACAUCUCUUCGGUUCGAGUUCUGGCAUGAAAUCCAGCCCUGAUUCCCCUGAAAAUACUCCUCCUCCUACACCAACUGCUCCAACAUCUGGACCACAACACCCAGGGAAAAACCAAUCAGGGACUUUGGGGAAUGGGAAUAUUGGACAAGACUCGGCUAAAACAAAACAAAGGAAGAGGAAAAAGAGCACUGCAGCCUGUGGUAUCGAGGCUCAAAGUGAUGCCAUCCAGCCUAGCCACAUCAGAGAGGCUAUUCGACGCUAUGGCCACAAGAUUGGCCCAGUUUCCCCAUUCACAAGUGCCUACCGCAGAAAUGGAAUGACUUUCCUAGCCUGCUAACAUGGACAUGGAUAUCACUACAGCAACAGGAAAGGCGACGUUCUAUUAAAAUGUUUUGUUUUGUUUUGUUUUGCCCAGUCAGUAGAAAGGAGAUGAAGCAGAAAUACAGGUUGAGUUCUCCAUUUUCUAAGGAGUCUGCUGCUUUGUUAUAGCUAUGAAAAGGCUGGCUCCUGCUCUUUUCCAGCCCCCUCCAUCAUUACUCUUAUUUACCAGAUGGAGCUUUGAGCUAAUUAAUGGCAGGAUAUUUGGGGUAGUGUGUAGGUGGACAAGAAUGCAAAUCACACAAUUUUGAAAUUUGCAAUGGAUUUACUUUGAUGGGUUCUCUUAUCUAAAGAACCAUAGGGGGUGUGAGUGUGUGUGUGUGUGUGUGUGUGUGUGUGUGUGUGUGUGUGUUGAGUCUACAUAUUUUCAUUGAUACGUUUUCCAAUACAACUUUAGGACAAAAAGAAGUAAGAAAAAAACAGCUGCAACAACUUUUCUUUUUAAUAUUUAUGGCAUUGCCAUUUUAAAAAAUGAAUAUCCAUGUUGGGAAGUUAGUAAUGCUCAGACUUUGUUGAUUCAUCUGGCCCUGGCCCUUUCUGACUUACUUUCUCUUUUGUCACCUUCUCUGCUCAUAUUGCUGUUUCUUUUCUCUUGCUUCCUUUCUUCCCUUCUGCAUUUCUUCCAGCCAUUCUUCCUAUUUUUUUCUUCUAUAACAUUUAUUCUCACUCUCCUCUCAAAUCAAAAGAUUGAAAAAUGGUAGCAUUUCAGGACUCAUCAAGACCAAGAGGAUAUUAAAAAAGAGAAACUAUUGGUAGAUUUAUGGGAUACAGGCUUUAAAAGACCGAGGUAGAAAACUUUGUCCAUUUAUCUGUUUCUCACCAGUGGCUCUAUAUUUUACCCUUCUCUUAGAUGCUCUCUGAAUUAGAAAAUACUAUUAUAUGCUGAAAAAAAAAAUGUUGGUUCUAUAUCAACUUGUAAUACUUAAUUUUUUUGAUUGAACUUGUUAUGAUACCCAUAGAAUUCACAUAAAAGGAAAUUUUGUCUCCAGUUAUAUAUUUUUUCGCAAUUCUAUAUGUCAUUGUUUCUAUAUACUUCCAAGAACCUUUUGUAAAGUGUUAAUAAAAGUGAGAAAUAAAAUCA